AUGGGUAACUGCUGUCGCCGUUCUUUCCCUAAAGAAGGUGAUGGUGAUGAUGAUUCUGCGGUGUUGCGGCUGACACCGCGGCAACGAUUGCUUGCGUUAUUCGGCAUGUACGCCCCGCAUUUGCUGAAGGAUGUUGACGACAUCCUGCGAGACUACAAUAAUGAUGGCGUGUGUGCUGUGAGUUACUACUGUGCCUUUCUGGGGCCAGAGCCAAAGCUUCAUGAGGCGAAGCAGAUGUACACCACACACUUGACUGAAGGUGACAUCGCAUUGCGAAAACUCAUUCAUGGGCUGCUGAUAAAAUAUGACCCGACGCGGAUCGUGGAAUUGGAGCUGAUUGUACGGGCACACGAGGAGGAGGCGAAGAGGGGCGGGAAGGAAACGGCAGCGGGUUUAAUACAACGACUGAAGGAGCAAUAUUUGGGAGGGCUUGUGGGGGAGGCGCCGGCCCCGCCGCUGCCGCUGCAGGAUGUCGAGUGCUCCACGACAGCGGCGUGCAAGACACCGCAACCGCCCACAUGUUAUCCCUCAGAAACGGCAGCGACGGAUGGCAUGUCUGCCCCUUUUUGUGCUGCGAAUUUGUUUUCUACGGCCACCGCCGCGCUUUCGAUGAGUGCGCACGCCUGGCGUGGGGGGAAGAGAGGCGGGGCCAGCGGCAGUGGUGAUGGGGAUUUUCUUCGCGACUUUGAUGACAUCCUUGCCCGCUCCCGCAAAGCGGAUUUCUCGAUCCUCCUCCCUUAUCGACCGCCCGCACUUCUGACCCCGUGGGCGACGGGGCAAGCGGUGGAAGUGUGGGCUUCACAAUGA